AUCCAUACAUAAGUUAAUCAAAAUCUUUUACAAAUCACCAUGUUCUAGAGUCAUCAAGACCAUUCAUGAUCCAACACAAAUCUUAUAUCAUAAGCAAAGAGUACGCGUAAACUGGUCUUUCGAUUGAGUUUGACUCGAAUUCUUCGAAUCUCUCCGAACUUCCAUAAAUAAACAAAGCUCCCUCCAAUUUUCAGCAAUUAGCGAUACAAAGAACCGAAUAUUCCAAUUCCAACUUUACAACAAAGUGAAAAAAAGCUUUCCCCUUUUUGUUUUAAUCUUUGAUUCCUGCUAUCUAUAAGCAAUGAGUCAUCAUUCGUCCGGUAACGGUGAAAACCAUCCCCCGCAGCAGCAGCCAUCGCCGCCACCUCCAACGGCGGCGGAGCAGCAGCCAGGUGAUCAGGAUCCGGCCAAGUGGGGCACACACAUAAUGGGUCAGCCCGCAUCACCGAAUAGUCAUCCAGACAAUCAAAGGGCUGCCUCUUGGAGGGCUGAAGAUCAGCAGCAGAGGUUCAAUCAGCAACACCCUUAUGUUGUUUUCUCCCCUGUUGAGAAGCCCAGUGAUAGCCCUUUUGAAUCCGUUGUUCAUAUGUUCAAUAACUGGAGUAAUCGAGCUGAGACUGUGGCUAGGAACAUUUGGCAUAAUCUGAGUACAGGGCCAUCAGUUUCAGGAGCUGCCUGGGGAAAACUUAAUUUGACAGCAAAAGCCUUGACGGAAGGGGGUUUUGAGUCUCUUUUCAGGCAGAUUUUUGCAACAGAUCCCAAUGAAAGGUUGAAGAAGACCUUUGCUUGUUACCUUUCUACUACAACAGGUCCUGUUGCUGGAACUCUUUAUCUGUCUACUGUUAGAGUGGGCUUCUGCAGUGACCGUCCCUUGUCAUUCAGAGCUCCAUCUGGACAAGAGACUUGGAGUUACUACAAGGUUUCGGUUCCUUUGGCAAACAUUGCAAAUGUGAACCCUGUAGUCAUGAAGGAUAAUCCGCCGGAGAAAUACAUACAACUUGUGACCGUUGAUGGACACGAUUUCUGGUUUACGGGAUUCGUGAAUUUUGAGAAAGCGUCUCAUCACCUCUUGGAAAGUGUCUCGAAUUCCAGAGCCCAUGGAAAUGCUUCACAACGGACUGUUGCUGGCAGCUGAGUUCAUCUGAUAUCCGUUGGGACGUGGGGAUUGUAUGCUUGUACAGUUAUUGUUAAUGAUGUCUGUUUAGAGUGUGUUUGAGUUGAUGAUGUUGUAAAACAAUAAUGCUAGUUAUUGUAUAUUCUAGCUGAACUUCUUUGUUUUUGGAGUACCGAAAUAAGCGUUGAAUGUUCCUAGUCUUUUCUGUUUUCCGUUAUUUCAAAUUUGAGAAAUUUGGUUAGUGAUUAUUAGAAAGUGAUGGUAUUAGAAAAAGUGGGUGUGAAGGAACAAACCUUAAUCUCAAAAUUAGGUAGAUAGUUGAUAAUGACCGUAUUAUGUUUUCAACCAAUUAUAAAAUAUGCAGUUCUAAUGCAAUUCACUUCGCUAUCGUACUGCCAUUGUCACUAGUGUCGCCUACAUUGCCACUGCCAUUGUCACCAACGCUAGCUUUGCCAAGGCACUGACAUGGUUACUAGCUUCACCAACAACAUCGCCACUGCCAUUCUGACUAGCUUCGCCAACUUCGCCUCUGCCAUUGUUACUAGCUUCGCCAACUUCGCCACUGCCAUAGUCACUAGCAUCCCCAACACUGCAACUGCCAUUGUCACCAGCUUUGCACACAUCGCCACUGCCACUGUCACUAUCUUCGCUAUCAUUGCUACCAUGUUGAUGGCUGAUUUCCAGAAUGUCACUCUUCUUCAAAAUGAACUUGUAAGUGUAACAUUGAUAAUUAAGGGGGAACUUCUUGUUGCUUUGGAUAUUGCCUCCUCUCUUGUUAUGGUACCCUGGAUAUUUUCCUUGUAUGAACUCAACCUUCUCUUUCAGGCUUAAAACCCUCGUUUAUUGCAAGCUUCUCAACCUCCCAUGUGUUGUAAGGCUCGUCAUCCCUUGUUGUGACAUGAAUUUCUCCUCCUCCUUGCAGCAAUUGUUUUGCAGUUUUGAAGUAUGCACUCACCAAAUUUUUGUGCUUUCUGCAAUUUUUUUCUCCAUCCCAUUAACUUGUUGAAACCUCGCCCAAAAUAAUGUAAAUUAAACAGGUC